CAAAACCCAACCUACAAACUGAGUUUUUGGCGUCCCUGCCGCCCGAGCAGGCGCCUGGUGGUCUGGGCCGGGAGCAGCUUUCCCACGGGCUGUCCCCGUUGCAGGAGGAGCUGCGGCCUCGGCUGUGCCACAUGAAGAAGGGCCCCAAUGGCUACGGCUUCAACCUGCACAGCGAGAAGUCCCGGCCGGGGCAGUUCAUCCGCUCGGUGGACCCCGACUCACCGGCCUCCAGAGCAGGGCUGAGGCCCCAGGACAGGCUCGUGGAG